GUCCGUUUUUUUUUUAAAGGACAACACAAAAACGACACGACAGUCAGGGUGUGUACACUGUACACUGUAGCCAACGACACGCCUGGGGAAAUAGGCUACAUUGUUUAUCUUCAGGGGUGGGGCGUCUCUCUACAGGUGCGCUGCCUCAGCUCAGGUAGCCUAUACAAAGAAUAAAGCAUCAUCCUCCCGUUAUUCAAGCUUCAAGCAAUCAGCUGUAAUGUUCCCACCAUGGAGCUGAAAAGGUUUAUAGGAGGAUGCGUGCCUCCAUUUCUGAUCGCCUUCGUAUUUGAUGUCCUAGGUCUGAUUCUGCUUUUCGUCGGCAUAUUCGCCAACGUGCGCAUCGGCGACCGCUUUUACGGCGACUUCUUGAUCUACUCCGGCUCUCUGAUCAUUUUCUCCAGCCUGGCCUUCUGGUUAAUGUGGUACGUGGGGAACGUCCAGGUGUCGGAAGACGACGAGGUCGGCUUGAAGAAGAGCAGCAGUAUCGUGCAGCUGGCCAGGAAACUAUCCGAGAGGUUGAGCCAGACACUGAAAGGAGAGUCACGCGUAAAAUGUGUUGAGGGUGAUGAGGACGGCAGCCAGGUGGAAGCGCACAAGGCCAGCCGGGUGACAUGGGGCCGGUCCACGGCAUACCACAAUAAAGGCUACGACGACUGCCUGGACUCCCCUUCCAUGGAGAAGACAAUGGAUAUAGAACCAGAGGAAAAAACAGAGAUGUGAACUUCCAUCUGAUGCCAUGAAUGGGUACUUUAGUAUAAAAAAAUAGUUUAAAACGUGGUCAUGUCAGCUGUGAUACACUUUAUUAUUUGCUGCAGCAGGGACUUCAUGGAUGAUAUACUGCAAACAAUAUUAUGGGUGUGGGCAGCUUUCCCUGCCAAAACUAAAUGGAUAAAGAAAGGCAAUCUGAUAUAUAUAUAUAUAUAUAUAUAUAUAUCACUGUAUGACUCAUAUAGUCUCCUCUUUUAAAGAUUGGUCAACACAAAGCCCAUCAAAGAGCCGACUAACAAAAGCCUGUUUUACAGCCUAAAUAUUCGAACUCUCUGGUUCUGUGGGAAGUCUCAAAGUUGGCAAAUCUGAAAAAAUUUGGCUCUGGGUUUCGCGUAAUUGCAGUUUUUUUUUUGGAAAACAACUAGACGGGACAACAUUUAUUGUAAACUUAAAAUGAUAUGAUCAAGAUUUGCGAGGUGCCCUGUUUGGCCUUGAGUUUGACACAUGCUGUAGACGGUAUAAUACUGAGGUCCAAGGCACCUUAGUGCACUCCCCACACCCUUCAGGACAGUUGGAGAUGACACGAAGACAUUUCUGUCAUUGUUUUCAUUUUCAACACUUUAGAACUGUGAGUUUCUUGGAAAGAGUGUUUUAGCCUACAAAUAGGAAAAACAAAUAGAGGGUUCUCUCUAUCCCAAUGACUCAUUUCCUAUUAAGUGUUAGUGUAUCCUUAUUUAGUCAGUGCACAGCAGGUCACCUGAGCAUGCAAACAUGUGAUAUAGGUCCACAGUCAAGCAUACAAUUCAACAAAAAACAAAAAUUUGAAUAUGAUUCCAUUGACAACUAUAUUUGAAUGAAUUUGUACUCAGUUUUAAAUGGAGCAGUUGAGGAAAUUUCUCUUUUUCCUUAAACUACAGCCACAUUUCAUAGUUCUCUCUAAGGAACUUUAGAACGUAUGCACCUG